GGCAUGUGCGGCUGUCUUGGCCGCCGUUGUGGAAGGAGGAUUUCCGCGGUUGUGUAACGGCAACGCGCGGCCGCGGAGAGGCUAGCGCUCCCCAUCCCUCCCCAGCCUGGCCCCUGGUCUCCAACGGCCCAGCCAUGGCCUGGACGGCGGCGGGGAGCGGCGGGGCCCGCGGCGCGCUCUCGGCGCACACGCUGCUGUUCGACAUGCCGCCCACGCUGCUGGGCGAGUUCUGUGCGGUCCUGGACAGCUGCGACGGCGCGCUCGGGUGGCGCGGUCUUGCGGAGCGACUUUCAAGCAGCUGGCUGGAUGUUCGUCACAUUGAAAAAUAUGUAGACCAAGGUAAAAGCGGAACAAGAGAAUUGCUUUGGUCCUGGGCGCAGAAAAACAAGACCAUCGGUGACCUUUUACAGGUUCUCCAGGAGAUGGGGCAUCAUCGAGCUAUCCAUUUAAUUGCAAAUUAUGGAGCAGCCUUGAAUCCUUCAGAGUGGAAUCAUCAGGGAGAAAGAUUCCCAAACGUGUUAUCCAAGGAAAUAGCCAAUGUCACAGUGGCUAAUGCUCCUAUUCCUGAACGUAAUGAAAAAGGAAUAUUGCUUAAGUCCUCCAUCAGCUUUCAGAACAUCAUAGAAGGAACCAAAAAUUUCCACCAAGACUUUUUAAUCGGAGAAGGGGAAAUUUUUGAGGUAUACAGAGUGGAAAUCCAAAACCGAACAUAUGCCAUUAAAUUAUUUAAACAGGAAAAGAAAAUGCAGUGUAAGAAACAAUGGAAGAGUUUUUUAUCUGAGCUUGAAGUUUUACUGCUGUUUCAUCAUCCAAACAUUCUGGAGUUGGUUGCAUAUUUUAUGAAGAGUGAGAAGUUUUGCCUGGUUUAUCCGUAUAUGAGGAAUGGAUCCCUUUUUGACAGAUUACAGUGUGUAGAUAACACAGCCCCACUGUCUUGGCACGUCCGCAUCAGUGUAUUAAUAGGAACAGCCAAAGCCAUUCAGUACUUGCACAGCAGGGAACCGUGCUCCGUCAUCUGUGGCAGUGUAUCAAGUGCCAACAUACUUCUGGAUGAUCAGUUUCAACCCAAACUAACUGAUUUUGCCAUGGCCCACUUCCGACCCCACCUCGAACAUCAGAGCUCUACCAUAAGCCUGGCGAGCAGCAGCAGUAAACAUUUGUGGUACAUGCCAGAAGAGUAUAUCAGACAGGGCAAACUCUCCAUUAAAACAGACGUCUACAGCUUUGGAAUUGUAAUAAUGGAGGUUCUGACAGGUUGUAAAGUGGUGUUAGAUGAGCCAAAGCAUAUCCAGCUGAGGGAUCUCCUUAUCGAAUUGAUGGAGAAGCGAGGCCUCGAUUCAUGUAUCUCAUUUCUAGAUAAGAAAGUGCAUCCCUGUCCUCAGAAUUUUUCCGCCAAGCUGUUCUCUCUGGCAGGCCAGUGUGCGGCAACACGGGCAAAAUUAAGACCAUCAAUGGAUGAAGUCCUGACUGUUCUUGAAAGUUCUCAAGCCAGCUUGUAUUUUGCGGAAGAUCCUCCCACAUCCCUGAAGUCCUUCAGGAGUCCUUCUCCUCUGUUCUUCGAUAAUGUGCCAAGCAUUCCAGUGGAAGAUGAUGAAAACCAGAAUAAUCCAUCACUGCCUCAUGAUACAGGCUUGAGAAAAGAUAGACUGGCCCAGAAAACUCCAUUUGAAUGCAGCCAGUCCGAGGUGACGUAUCUGGGCUUUGACAGAAAAUCAGGGACCAAGAGGAACGAGGAUGCCUGCAACGCGGCCAGUUUUCCUUGUGAAGAAAGCUCGUCUUCUGAGCACGCGGCUCCAUCCAAGGACUCCAGGGCCAGUCCUGUGCCUAUGGACUCUUCUGCAGAAGUGCCAGGCCAUUCCUGUAGGAGCAAGCAGGCCAGUGCAGACCAGCUCUUCCUCUGAGGUUUCCUGGAGUGACUGCGAACAGUACAGAAAAGCAUCGGUUUCCACAGAAGACGGGGAAGAAAGCAAGUGUUGCUGAGGUGCUUGAGUACAGGUCUUGGCUUAGGAAGACUGUCCUUCUGUAUCAGUGAUGCCAGGAGGAUGGGGGUUGGUGGAUUUGGGUGAUCAGAUCAACAAUCUGAACACUUCCAUUCCUUCCCUUCUGACUCCUAGCACAGAGUGGGCUGACAUUUUGUUUUAGCAAGACCAUUGCCUCACGAUCAAACCUGGGCUAAAUUAGAACCAGUUGGAAUUACCUAAGGUCACGGACGCUGACUUCAGGCAAACAAAACAAUACCUCCCACAAAGGAACUGGAUUCCAGUGUCUUCUCCAUCAACAUUCCCGUGAGUCCUCAGAGCCUCCAGUCUGCAGAGUACGGUCAGUUCAGCUGGGUUCCAUUGUUUUGGGUUUGCUUGCUUGAGAAGGUCGUGAGAAAUGCCUGAUUCGUAAAUGUUGAUAGAUACCUUUUAAAAGAAUUGCCUUUUUGCUUGUUUCGGUUGACUCUUAGUCUGUUUCUGUUCAUCCCUGUCAAAUCUGCCUGUCUGAAGAUAAGCCAGGUUCACCCUUGGCCAUGACAUACCCCACAUCUGUAUUUCUGUAUUUAAAUGCUUAGGAUAAUUUUAUUUCAUAUAAUACAGUUGUUGACUAUUAUUACAAUUGUUAAAGCCAACUUAGAGACUACUAUAUCCCGAGUAAAAUGUAUAAAAUUUUAAUCAAGUAAUUUUUUGUUCCUAAGAAAAUGGCUGAUCACAAGGGCCUGGAUUGGCUUUUUGUUUGUUUCCAAUUUUGUGCCUUUACCCGACUGUUUACUGAAUCUCCCCCUUUUGAAAUCCCACCCGAUCUUUUGGGGUCCACCAUAAGUGCCAUCCUCCAGAAAGCUUUCCUAAUCUCUUCAGCCAGUAGUGCUCACUUUAUCAACAUUUCCUUAGCAGAUUUUUAUUUUAAAAGUUUAUUGAAGUGUGGUUGAUUGACAAAUGUUGGUUUCUGGUGUAUAGCAAAGUGUUCAGUUGUCCAUUCUUCUUCAUUAUGGUUCAUUACAAGAUACUGAAUCCAGUUCCCUGUGCUAUGCAGUAGACCUUGUUUUUUAUCUAUUUUACAUAUAGUAGUGUGUCUCUGCUCAUCCCAGAUUCCUAAUUUAUCCCUCUCCCACCCUUUUUCCCCUUUGGUAACCAUAUGUUUGUUUGCUCUGUCUAUGGGUCUGUGUCUAUUUUGUAAAUAAGUUCAUUUGUAUCAUCCAUAGCAGUUUCUUUGCGUUUCUGUUUUAUACUUGUCAUUUUAUGAAUUAUAUCAAAGUUGCAUGUAUUAUCUCCCUUACUAAAUGAUAAACUCCCUGUAUGAGCUGCCUAUCCUUGCUGUAACAAACCAUCACAAAUUUAGUGGGUUAAAACAACGUAAUUAUUUUACAGUUUUGGAGGUCCGAAGUCCUCGGCCUUCCUCCUGGAGACUCUAGGGGAGAAUUUGUUCCCUUGCCUUUUCUGGUGUCCAGAGGCUAUCUGAAUUCUUUGGUUCGUGACUUCUUCCUCCAUCCUCAAAGCCAGCAGUGUAGCAUCUUUAAGUCUAGAUCUCUCUUUCUUUCUCUUUGAACACUUCUUUGUCACCUCUGUCUCUUUGGUCCGCCAAAGGAUCCUGGUGAUUGCAUUGGGGCCACUCAGAUAAGAAAAAUCUCCGUAUCUAAAGAGCUUUAAUUUAAUCACAUCUACAAUGUCCCUUUUCUCCUAUAAAGUCAUAUAUUCACAGGUUUCUGGGAUUAGGACAUCUUUGGGGGGCCAUCACAUUUUCUGACUGUGUUGGUCCAUCUGUUCGGGGCCUAGCAUGUUCGCCUAUACAGAGCAGGUGUUUCCUUAUAAGUUAAAUUAAAUUACAUAAUCUCUGUGAACCCACAUAAUAAAAAAUCAGUUAUAUUAAACAUUCCUGAGUAAAUUAAUAAAGUGAGGAUAAUGACUGUCUUUAUGAUGUUGGACAGGACUACUCCUUGAAAAUCAUUUCCGAGGAUUUGAAGAAUCUUCCUCUUUGGGAUGUUUAUAAUAAAAGAGCAUGGAGUUCCCGUUGUGGCUCAGCGGUUAAUGAACCCGACUAGCAUCCAUGAGGAUGUGGGUUUGAUCCCUGGCCUUGCUCAGUGGGUUAAGGAUCUGGCGUUGCCAUGAGCUGUG